UUCAGCUGUAACUCUUCCGUUAUCUUACUCUCUUAAAACUACAUCUCCCAGCAUGCUCUGAAGCUAAUCUGACCUCAUUUCAAAUGGCCCCGUAGGGCAACAAGGCUGGUUAGUUUUGACCCUGCUGCUUGUGCCUUGAAAAAAAAUCGAUGCCAAUUGGCAGCCAUUUGGGCUUUUAUAUCUGUUAAGCUCUUUUUUUGAACUGUAGUCAUUAAAUGAAGGGAUUUGGUAUGGGAGGGCCCAUUCAUUCCCUCAGCUGGGCGAGGGACCAGGCAAACUGUCUCCGGCAAUCUAAAUAAGAGGGAAUGUUGAACAGGGAACACCGCUGGGGCCGAACAGAGGCGCAGGAACCGGAGCCCAGGCUGUGUCCGCAAACUGUCGGGUCCGGACUUUGGCUCAGGGACGGUCGGAAGUGGGAGAUGGAGAUGCCAGAGGAACCGGCCGAUAGUGGGCAUUCGCUGCCCCCGGUUUAUAUUUAUAGUCCCGAGUAUGUCAGCAUUUGCGACUCUCUCGUCAAGAUCCCCAAACGGGCCAGUAUGGUCCACUCUCUGAUCGAAGCAUAUGCCCUGCACAAACAAAUAAGGAUAGUGAAGCCCAAAGUGGCCUCCAUGGAGGAUAUGGCCACCUUCCACACUGAUGCCUAUCUGCAACAUCUCCAAAAGGUCAGCCAAGAAGGUGAUGAGGACCAUCCGGACUCUAUAGAAUACGGACUAGGUUAUGACUGCCCAGCCACAGAAGGAAUAUUUGACUAUGCGGCUGCUGUGGGAGGAGCUACAAUCACUGCUGCCCAGUGCCUGAUUGACGGGAAGUGUAAAAUAGCGAUUAACUGGUCUGGAGGGUGGCAUCACGCAAAGAAGUAAGGAAAUGCCUUUCUGCCUUCUUACUCUUUCCCUGGUCAAUCUCUCAGUUAGAUAAACCUGUACACUUGUUA